AUGGCCGAGAAAGUUGUCGAACAAGCUUACCUAGCCAAGCCUCCGGGCGAGUGCUGCAUCACAGGGAACCUGCACGAUGGCGAGCCGCGUGGAGCGCUUGAGACUGUCGAGGAGAUAGAAACUUAUGUGGUCUACCCACGUGAAGGGAAGUCGAAUGGCAACAUAGUUCUUUACUUUCCCGACGUCUGGGGCCUGUUCAAGAAUGGCCUUCUCGUCAUGGAUGGCUUCGCAAAUGCCGGGUAUCUGACCAUCGGGCUGGAUUAUUUCAGCGGCGAUCCAGUCUGGAAGCACCGCAAGGAUCGACACGACACGACCACCGAUCCGAGUUUCGACUACGAGGCCUGGAAACAAAAGCAUCAGAAGUUCGCUGCUGAGGCCGUGCCAAGAUGGGUGGAUGCAGUCAAGGCCAAAUACGGGACGUCUGGGACGAGAUACGCAUGCGUCGGAUAUUGCUUUGGCGCGCCUUACGUCUGUGACCAACUUUCUGAUAAUGGAAUCUGCAUCGCCGGAGCCUUUGCCCAUCCAGCCUUUCUCAAGGAGGACCACUUUAGAAAUCUGAAGGCGGUCGACAUUCUGAUCGAAGACAAGAGACAAUAUCACGUGCAGCUUUUCUCAGGAGUUGAGCAUGGCUUCGCCUUGCGGGGAAACCAAAAUGACCCAUAUGAGCGUUGGGUAAAGGAACAGAGUCUUCGGGGCAUCGUGGAUUGGUUUGACUAUUGGCUCGCUCUUGAGUCGUUUUCCAAGAAAUAG